AUAUUAUGGUCUAUAAAAUUUUUAUCAUAUAAAGGAGAGCUGGUCGCCUAAAUUAAUAAUACGAUACAGAGAAGGCAGAGGCAGAGAGAGAAGGGGCAGAGGAAAUUCCCUCCCAUUUCCUUUUACUCCACAAUGGCAUUCUCCUACUAGAAAUCUAAACAACCCUCUCCCUCUUUCACCAUUCACGUCUUUUCCCUCUCUCGUUCUUUGUCUGCACUCUCUUCCCAGGAGAAGUACCAUUCCCACUACUACGUACGCAGAACACGCGGACACUCUGUUGGAGACUGCUGUGUCUGCAUAACAUUUCGUGUUAGUACUCGAGGUGCCCUUAUGCUAUUGCAGCAGCAGCAGCAGCAGCACGGUUUGGUCUCGUCAUCACCACAACUACAGGGCUCAGCUCAGCAAAAUCACAGCCUGUCGUCGUCCCAGCUACCGUUAGAGUCUACUCUCUAUGACACUUAAUCCCUUCCAAUCCUCCAUAUCCCAUUCUUGUUAUUCUUCAAGAGUCCUAUCUCUCUUUUUUUUCUCUACCGCUUCAAAACCUCUCAGACCCUGCUGGCCUCGCAUGGACUCCGCCCCCGCUAAUACGAAGAUCGCUACCGCUCGUCGACAGCGCAAGAAGGAAAAAAUCGUCGUCGUAUUGGGCGCCACCGGAGCUGGAAAAACCAGGCUCUCCGUCGAGCUCGCCACCCGCUUCCAAGCCGAGAUUGUCAACUCCGACAAAAUGCAAGUCUACAAAGGCCUCGAUAUCACAACCAACAAAAUCCCUCCUCUCGAGCGGCGCGGCAUCGCCCACCAUCUGAUGGGCGAGUUCGACCCCGUCGACGGAGAGUUCACCCCAGCUGAGUUCCGCCAUCUCGCCGGGUCCGUUAUCUCCGACAUCGCUUCUCGAAAGAAUCUGCCACUCGUCGUGGGUGGGUCCAACUCGUUCGUACAUGCGCUGGUCGUGGACCGGUUCAAUCCACAGAUAGACAUUUUCAACGGGUCGCACUCGCUCUCCUCUGAGUUAAGGUACAACUGUUGUUUCCUCUGGGUAGACGUAUCCUUCACGGUCUUGUCGGCAUACCUCUCGAAGCGAGUCGACGAAAUGCUCGACUCCGGUAUGUUCCAGGAGCUAGCCGAGUUCUACGACCCGACCGAAACAGCUGACUCUGCAGGGCCUCCAACCGGGUUGCGAAAAGCCAUUGGCGUCCCAGAGUUCGAUCGCUAUUUCAAGAAACACCCACCUGGCCGGUCGGUGGGUGGCGCCGAUCAUGGGCAGAAGGCUGCAUACGAGGAGGCGGUGAGGGAAAUAAAGGAAAACACAUGUCAACUGGCGAAGAGACAGAUAGAGAAGAUCGGGGCGCUGAGAGGGGGAGGUUGGAACCUCCGGAGGCUGGACAUGACGGAGCCGUUCAGGGAGGCGAUGAGACCCGAGGGCUGCGGAAAGAGGUGGUCGGAAAUUUGGGAGAGUCAGGUGUUGGAACCAAGCGUGAAGAUUGUGAAGCACUUCUUGGAGGAGUAGGUUUAAUUUCCAACCUUUUCCAGCUAUACUUUUAAGGAGUUUGUUAAGUGUACAAUAUUCUCUCUCUCUCUCUCUCUCUCUCUCUCUCUCUCUCUCUCUCUCUCUCUCUCUCUCUCUCUCUCUCUCUCUCUCUUUGUUUUUUGCCCUUUUGUGUCUCUCUCCCUGACUCUCUCCAGAUAGCAGCAAAAGGUUUUAGAGUCUAGACUUUUAUAGAUGAUUUGGGGGUUUGGGGGUUCUCAAUUGGGGAGGACUUGGUUGGAUCAGUGAUUCACUCAAGGACCCGUUUUGGGGCAAUGGGAGAAGACUAAUAUCUCUUUUUGGGAAUUUUGACAGUGGAACAGAGUAGACACCAAACAAAGUUAAUAGAGUUUUUGUUCUCAAAAAAAUAAAGGUAAACUCUAUACCCUUGUCACAUAAUUUAAUUUAUAAAAAGAUAAAUUAUAAUAUAUGUUAUGAGCAUUACAUUAUUAUGUUAUACAUAUGGAGGAAGUGUGUGGAGUGAGAAGAAUAAGGGGGAAAAAAAAUGUGCCAUAAGGUACAAAUUUUACC